AGAUUCAUAUGGUCCUACAAAUAAAUUCUCAUUAAUUAAUAAAACCGCAACAAACAAAGCAAAUAGAUAAUGGGAAAGAAAACAAUAAUUCCAGUGAGAACCCGACACUGCGGUUGCAGUUAUCUAAGAAUUUUAAUAUAAAAACUCACUAGUUGCAGUAUUGUGUCAUAUUACCUAAGACAUUCAGUGUAGGUGAUACCUCCAGUUAAAAACUUUAAAUAAUUUUUGAUUGCGUUGAAAACAAAACCAGCAAAAUGUCUGAUAAGAAAAACAUUCUUUUGCUCUUCGACCGCCCUCAAGAACCUGCAUUUAUGCCUAAAGGCGAUCAGAAGAAGGCCUUUGCAGUUCCACCAGAGUAUUUGAGCGAAAAAUACAAGCCAAUCGGAAACCAAGUGACCAGCCGUUUCGGCGAAGAAGCUUCUGAAAGGAUUCCAGUCAGUCGCAUCACUCCUCCUCCUCUAGGAGAAAUUUUAGAGCUUCCAAGAGACUCCAACUUUUCACUGUUCAUCCCUAAACAUCGCAGAUUAGCAGGAAGGCUCAUCGAUAUCUUUUUGGGCGUCCGCAAUGUGGACGACUUACUAUCUGUAGCAGUUUACGCCAGAGAUCGUGUCAAUGCUUACCUUUUCAACUAUGCUCUAUCAGUGGCCCUGCUUCACAGAGCAGACACUCAAGAUUUGGAUGUACCUUCUAUAAUUCAUUCAUUUCCUGAUAAAUAUUUGGACAGCAAAGUUUUCGCCAAAGCUCGAGAAGAUGCUACUGUUGUUCCAGAAGGAUCCAGAUUACCUAUUGAAGUCCCAAAAGAUUAUACAGCUUCAGAUUUGGAAGCUGAACACCGUCUAGCUUACUUCAGAGAAGACAUCGGCCUCAAUCUCCAUCAUUGGCACUGGCAUUUGGUUUAUCCAUUCGAAGCUGCCAGAUCUAUUGUAGCCAAAGACAGGAGAGGCGAGUUGUUCUAUUACAUGCACCAGCAAGUCAUUGCUAGAUACAAUUUUGAACGUCUCAGCAAUGGCAUGAAACGAGUCACUCGUUUUCUGGAUUGGGACGCGCCAAUCGAUGAAGCUUAUUUCCCAAAGCUGGACAGUUUAGUAGCUAGCAGGGCGUGGCCAGCUAGAGUCAGCAACCAAAGAUUGCAAAAUGUUAACAGGGAAGCUGAUGGGAUUAAGCUUGAUGUUGAUGAUAUGAAGAGAUGGAGGGAUAGGAUUUAUGAUGCUAUUCAAUCUGGAAUGGCUAGAGAUAGAUCCGGUCGCCAAAUUCCUCUUACCGAAAAUGAGGGCAUUGAUAUUUUAGGAAACAUGGUCGAAUCUAGUAUUCUAUCAGUGGACAGAGACUUUUAUGGAGAUCUCCACAAUACUGGCCAUAUUUUGAUUUCAUACAUUCAUGACCCUGAUCACAGACACUUAGAAUCAUUCAGUACCAUUGGAGACUCAGCUACAGCCAUGAGAGACCCAAUCUUCUACCGCUGGCAUGCAUUUAUCGAUGAUCUCUUCCAGAGAUUUAAAGGAACUUUACCAAGAUACUCAGAAAAUCAGUUAAACAAUCCAGGUGUAACUGUGCAAAGUGUUAAUGUAGAUGUCCAAGGCGGACAACAAAAUGUUUUGCAAACUUUCUGGCAACAAUCUGACGUCGAUUUAUCCAGAGGUAUGGACUUCCAACCACGCGGAUCUGUAUUUGUACGAUUUACUCAUCUCCAGCACAGGGCUUUCACCUACAAAAUCAAUGUGCAAAGUAAUCAACCUCGCGAAGGAACUUGCCGUAUUUUCCUAGCACCCAAAACAGACGAGAGAGGCAAUCCUUGGCUGUUGAGAGACCAAAGGCUCAUGUUUAUCGAAUUGGACAAGUUCAAAGUUGUUUUGAAACAAGGCCAAAACACCAUCACCCGCAAUUCAAUCGAUUCCUCAGUAACUAUUCCAUUUGAAAGGACUUACCGUGACUUGGACACUUCACGUCCUCAAGGAGGUGAGCAGUUGUCCCAAUUCAACUUCUGCGGUUGCGGAUGGCCUGACAAUCUGCUAAUUCCCAAAGGAACUCCCGAAGGACUUCCUUGCCAAUUAUUCGUGAUGAUUUCUAACAUCGAAGGCGACAGAAUUAACCAAGACGCUUCUGGACAAUGCAACGAUGCCGAUUCGUACUGCGGUAUCAAAGACAAAUUGUAUCCGGAUCGUCGUUCCAUGGGUUAUCCGUUCGAUAGAGUGCCAAGAGACGGAGUCGACACUUUGGAGCAGUUUUUGACCUCUAACAUGCGGGUUCAGGAUGUCAGUAUUCAGUUCCAGAACAGGACCUUCAAGCCACGCAAUUGAGGCAAAACUGUAGAUUGGAUUUUGGGAUUUUUAUCUGAAUUAAGCACGAAUUAUUGGGAAAUUAAUAAAUGAUAUUAGAAGUAUAUUUUU